GCCCCAGGAGCCCUGAGAGAGGACUCGAUAAGUCCCAGACUGUUCCCUGUCCCUGCAGGCUUGGCGUCCUCAGUGAGGUCCUGUGAUGGCCGCACCCCAGCACCUGCAGCCCUGCGCCCUGGCGGCCAUGAGGCAGCAGGAGCGGAGAGGGUGCUGCUUCCUGGUGCGGCACACGCCCCACCCCCGGCGGGUCUGCCACAUCAAAGGGCUGAACAACAUCCCCAUCUGUGCUGUGAAUGACGAGGACCUGUCUGGGGCUGUUUAUGACCUGGGCCAGAACCAGGACCAGACGGAGCCCAGGACCUCAGCCAAGAGCAGCAGGCCCAGUCCUGCACCCCCCACUGACCCCCCCAGGGGCGUCUCCCCGGCCCCCCGCCAGCCCAGCCCCUUGGUCCCCUCCAAUACCCCCAGGAGUAUCUCCCCAGCCACCCACCAGCCCAGCCCUUUGGUCCCCUCCAAUACCCCCAGGGGCGUCUCCCCGGCCCCCUGCCAGCCCAGCCCCUUGGUCCCCUCCAAUACCCCCAGGGGUGUCUCCCCAGCCCCCCGCCAGCCCAGCCCUGUGACCCCUGCUGGCCCUCCCAGGGCCAUUGUCCCAGCCUCCCGCCAGCCCAGCCCUGCAACCUCCACCAGGCCCUCCAGGGGCAUCUCCCCAGCUCCCCACCAGCCCAGCCCCAUGGCCCUCAACAGCCCCCCUAGGACCACUACCCUGACAGAAAGCAUGACAGUGGCCCUGCAGCCUCAUUCAGGGCCCAGCGGGAAAGCCAAGCGGUGCUUCCGGACUUCCAGUGAGAACCCGCUGGUCAUUAGAAAGGAGGAGGUGCAGGCCUGGGCUCCCCCAUCCCCGACCAAAUCCAGCUCCUCGGACAGACUGAGCUCCAGGGUGGACAGCAGGGACAGUGUGGACGGCAGGGACAGCACCGUGCAGAUCCCCAACUACCUGGACCAGGAGAUCAAGAUCCUGGCGAAGCUGUGUGACACCCUGAACACAGACUCCCUGGCUGACGUCCUGCAGUGGCUGCACCACGCGAAUCCAAAAGAGAAGGAGUGGCUCUCGGCCCUGAUCCACGCGGAGCUGACACAGAUCAAUCUGCUGAUGUGCCGUCACUGCAGACGUGGCUCCAUGGGCCCCAUGGACCCCGGGCCUGGGAGCAGGAGGCCGACCCCAGGGAAGCCCCUCACACCACCCACAGCCAUGGCCAGCAGAGCCCACCAGGGCCGGACACCCAGCAGGGGGGCUGGGGAAGAGAGACCCACGGGCCUUAGCAGCGUGGAUGCCCUGGGCAGCGGGAGCCCUGAGCACUGGGUGCCCACGGCCCUGCACGCGGCAGCGCGAACCAGCCCUGUGCCCGCUCCCUCUCUCUCAGAGGCUGAGGCCCAGGCCCCGCUGUUCAUCAGGAGAAGCAAGACCAGAGUCCCCCUGGCUGAGCGCUUCAGCCCCACCUCACCUGGGACUCCAGGCAGCAUUUCCUGGAUGGCGGCCUCAGCAGGGGCCACCCCAGAGGGGCACUCGCUGGGCACCCCCAAAGCGCUGAGUGCGGGCGCCCACAGGUAGACUCGCCCCAGCCCCUGCCUGGCUGGGCCCGGAGCGGGAAAUGGUACCACAAAUAAAAGAACCA